AGAUCUGAGUCAGGCACACGACCUUGCUGACUCCCACCAACUGCUGCUGUGGCCGCUGCCCCUCUCUGCAGGACCACUGCCUGGCAAAGCCUCUACAAUGUGUAACCGAUUUGUGGGAACCUGGAAACUCAUCUCCAGUGAAAAUUUUGAUGACUAUAUGAAAGAAUUGGGAGUGGGCUUAGCUACCCGGAAACUAGGUGGCCUGUCAAAGCCUGAUGUGAUCAUCAGCAUGAAAGGGGACAUAAUAACCAUCAGGACUGAAAGCACCUUCAAAAACACAAUGACCUCUUUCAAACUGGGCCAGCAGUUUGAUGAAACAACACCAGAUGACAGGAAAGUGAAGAGUGUUGUAACCUUGGAGAAAGGGGCACUGGUGCAAGUGCAGAAGUGGAAUGGUAAAGAGACCACGAUAAAGAGAAGACUUGUUGAUGGGAAAAUGGUGGUGGAGUGUGCCAUGAAAGGAGUUGUCUGCACCAGAGUCUAUGAAAGAGUGUGAUGAAAUCCCCUCUCUGCACCAUACUGGGACUGGCUUUUAAAACUCAGCUUAGUUCAGUGGCUGAAGCCUCAUGCACUGUGUUUCUUUAUUUCCUUAUUUCCUUUCAUUGGGAAAGUGACUACACUAUAAUUUGAUGUAGCCAUAGUGUAACUAAUCCAAAGUAUUGUGGUGAUCCAAUAAAAGCUUCUCAACACAUUAAA